CUCUCUCUCUCUCUCUCUCUCUCUCUCUCUCUCUCAUAUGCAAUGGGUUUCAAUGCACUAAAAUAUUACAUCAUCUUGAUCAUCUUUCUGUUUAAUCUUUCAUCUGUCGAUCGCGUCAAAGCCAAAGAUUAUGCUGUGGGCGAUGAGGAAGGGUGGACCAUGUCGGCAAGGUACAUGCAAUGGUCGGCAAAAUACAAUUUCUCCGUCGGAGAUGUUUUAGUUUUUAAGUACGUGCAAGGGCAACAUAACACAUUUGAGGUGACCCAAGAAACGUACCAAACGUGCGACAAUCAAUCGGGUGUCCUAGCGUCGUACUUCAGUGGUCAUGAUCGAGUGACCCUUGCAGAAGCCAAGAAGUACUGGUUCAUCUGCGCCGUCCCUGGACAUUGCCUCGGUGGCAUGAAAUUCACUGUCGAUGUGAACAAGGUAGAUGAUGAUAACAGUGUUCAACCUUCAGAGCCGUCGAUCAACGGAGUUGGUAUCAUCCAGUGGUCGAGAUGGGCAUGGGCCUAUUACAUUGUUGCAUUUGUAAUGUUAGUGUUGAAGGCUUACUAAUGGUGCAACGGUUGAGUUGACUGGACUUGUGAUUUUUAUAGUAUUUUGCGUAUGUACUUCC